CUCCCAGCCACACCACCAACCUCCACGAAACUUACAGUGAAGGCAAGAAACUGCGUGGAUAUUUCUGGGUGUUGUCAGUGUGAGUGCUCUCAAACUCUUAAUCUACACAUCUCAUUAACAACUGUCAAAACUCAAACCUAGAGCACACAGACCCGAAGCCAGCGUGCGCUAUAACCUAACUCUGCCCGUACCACCUCGACCCCAUCUGUGCACCACUCGACUUCUUCGCACUGACCAGAGUAUUGCUCGAGGGGCUUUGAGCUCUAAUCUCGUCAUCAUUAUGGCACCAGUGUCAUCUCUUUCCAAAUACCCUGACAUCGACGACCUCAAAUUUUCCUCCCUCGAACUCGACGCCCGAUCAGCAGCAGAACUCAGCGCGAGCGCUUUCAACAAACGAGAUGCGAAUCCCCUCAGCAGCCCUCUCCUUCCGAUCAGCGAUGACUCUAAUAUUCUCUCCCCAAUGGACACGUUCAAAGUCCUCACGGCACGAGACUCAAAGCCUACUGACAAGUUCAACCCGGGAUCUGGAUCUGUUCCGCCAGAUGACAUCAACAUGAAAGGUCUUCAAGCCCUCUUCGCUAUCAUCGGGGUGGCUUUCGUCCUGGGAGCCAUUUGGUUCUUCUUCUGGGCCAAGAAUGGGGGUUUCAAAUGGCGUAAAGGUGACUGGGAAGAAUACAAAUCGACCGUCCUUCGUCGAAAGGGCCCCAACGGCACCACACUCAGUAACGCCACUAAAUCCACGAUUCUGGGAGGUGGAAGUGUCGUUGGAGAAGGAUACUCUGACAAAGAUGCUCACACCAACGCAGACACUGAAGCCAUGACUGAAACUAUGACGGUGACAGACAUGUCAUCUGAAGCCCCCAUCGUCAAGGAGAAGCAGUCCAAGAAGAACAAGAAGGAAACGGCUAAGGAACGUAAGCUGCGAGAAAUUAAAGAAGCAGAGUGGGAAGGAGGCCAUGACAACGAUGUGCGAGCUUAUCGUCACGAGAAGGCCGCUCGAGUCGGUGGUCUGAAUAAAGACUCUGACGCAAAAUUCUACGGCACCGACUACACUGCAACCGAGCGCAGCGCAAGUGACAUGCACAGCAACAGCGAGUAUGGCUACAAAGCAUCUGCCGCUGGUCCUCCACCACCUCCUGCUCAUCGAUCCAGACAAGCCAGCCCGGAAAAGCGCCAGUCUCGCCGGGACUUCUCAUACGGCCAGGAGGAUGGGUUCAGUGUAGGCGCGUCUGACGCAGACACUGGUGCUUCCCGCCCAGCACGGUACAACUCACCCAACAAGUAUGCACCUUCACAACGCCCAGUUCGAACUGUUCCAGGCUCCUUCACAACGCCUUUGGAUUUUGACGUGCAGAGUCAACACACCAAAGCCUACCACCAUCCCAUCCCAAGCUUACAGGGUAAGGCUGGUGGCUACCGUCGAGACAGAAGGGAUAGCUUGGACGAUUGAAGCAGUUGUAUAUAGCAACUUGACUUUCGAAGCUUGAACAAAUUACUAUGAACAACGACCACUAAGAAUUUUAGAAAAGAAACGAACAAUGGACCAGGAAUGAAAUGUGAUGAUCAUCAAAGUGUAAAAAUGGAAAGCGUUAUUGAAAUGGGGCAUGAAAACAGGGCGUCGGUCUGGGAAGUUUCGGGAAUAUUGACAUGAAAAAAGAAUCGAAUCAAUCUGGGUGAGGUCCGAUAGAGUCACGGAGAGGUCUGCAUCCUAGACUCUUUCCUCUUUUCUGUGUAAAUAGCACAAGAAAACAUCGAUGCAAUUGAGGCC